GCGAUCUCAUCGCUUAUGACUGGUAUUGGUGGCACUCCAGUACGUAUCAAUCAUGGCACUCACGGUCCUGUUGGCACUAACACUCCUUGCUGCAGCAAAAGGUCUGCCCUCAACCACACAGAGCAGCUGCUCGCUCGACAUCACCGUGAGCUACGCGUCAGCGGGUGAUGCAAGUGUUGCGUGCUCCAGUUCGUGCCCCAAGGGAGAGGAUGGAUUUUCGUUCAGUGGAUAUGCCUUCAAGCGAUUCCCAACUCUAGAUGGCAGCAAUCAGAUGGUACGUGUGAAUUACAUCGAAGGAUCCCUCGCCGGAUGUCAGUUAGUCCCUCUUCAAACCGAUGACGAAGUCGCGGCCAAUGAGGCGGCGUUUGCGGAACUCUAUCGCAAAUGCAGACCCGAGGAAUUCACAGAGGCUGUCCCAACUACAGCUGCACCAGUCGAGACUACUUCAGUUCUGCCCACGACAACAACCGUUGAAACAACAACAACCGAAGGUCCGACCACCACAACAACCGAAACUCCGACCACCACAACAACCGAAGCUCCGACCACCACAACAACCGAAGCUCCGACCACCACAACAACCGAAGCUACAACCACGACCACAACUCAAGUUCCGACCACCACAACAACCACUACAACAACCACGACAACAACCGCUACAACCACUACAGCCCCAGUCCUGAUCCGGAAGAAAUGCCCUGAAGCUUUCACUCUUGUUGGAGAUUCAUGCUACAUGGUAACACCUUUCCCGAACACACAAGCUGAAGGUUUGAAGUACUGCAACAAGUACGGAGCACAAACAGCAGGAGUCAUCGAAACACAAGCGGAACAAGAUCGACUUGCAGGUGUUCUGUCAACGCGUGCUUGGAUUGCGCUCAACGACAUUGAGGUUGAAGGCCGCUUUACCGCCCCAGGACUGACAAGCAACAUCUUCACUAAAUGGAACAAAGGAGAGCCCAACAACUGGAACAACAACGAGGACUGCGUGAUGCUCAUACCUGAGUGGGGCUAUGGCUGGAACGACGACAACUGCCUUGCUUCCAGCCGAACUCUGUGUGAGACGGCUCCGUUGGCCGUAUACAAGGAGCCAACCUGCGCGAAUGGGUGGCGCAAGUUUGAGGAUUCCUGCUACUUCUUCUCGGACGCGGCUGCCUACGACAUCGGCGCAGCUCAGUGCAGGGCUAAAGGAGGCUACCCAGCAUUCAUCAACUCGGAGCAAGAGAACAAUUUCAUCGCAAGCAUCGUUGACACAAAUGCUUUCUUGGCCUACACCGACAUCAAAGAGGAAUCGGUAUUCGUGGCAGAGAACUUCGGUGUUCCAUUGUACAGGAAUUGGAAUGCGGCAACCAAAGAGCCUAACAACGCGAACGGUGGAGAGUCGUGCUCAGAGAUAAGGAAGGACAUGGGCUAUCGCUGGAACGACAUCAAGUGUGAAACUGUGCAAAGGACGGCCGCGUUGGGUCUGCCAUCGGAGCCGCUGGACAGCUGCUCCGUAAGCAUCAGCGUGACCUACCCGGCCGCACAAGGCGAGUCUCCUACCGUCACGUGUGCAUCGCGGUGCGCCACGGGGGACCAAGGCUUUACGUUCAGUGGCGUUGCGUACAAACAUUUCGCGGAGCUGGACGCCUACAACCUGAUGGUGCAAGUGAAUUAUGCGGGCGGGUCCUUUGCUAACUGUGAAUUGGUCACCUUGAAAACAAUCGAACAGUUAGCAGCCGCCUACGAUAGCUGCCUGCCAACUCAGGAAGAAGCGACCACCCCACAGGUCGAAUCCACGGUUGCACCAACAGAAAUGUAUACAACAACCACCCCAGAAACAACAACCACACCAGUUCCAACCACAACUACCCCAGAAACAACAACACCAGUUCCAACAACAACUACAUCAGCUACAACCACUCCAGCACCAGUUCUGAUUCGUCAACGAUGCAAAGCGGGCUUCACUCUGCUCGGCGACUCGUGCUACUUAGUAUCUCCCGAAGCCAAGAGUGAUGCUGAAGGCUGGCAGUACUGCAGCCAGUUCGGAGCCAAAGGAGGCGUGAUCGAGUCACAAGCUGAACAAGACAGGCUUGCAGGUGUCCUCACGACGAGAGUUUGGUUGGCCAUCAGCGACAAAGAAACGGAAGGAAAAUUCGCCGCCCCGGGAACGAACGGCGUGUCUUUUGUCAAAUGGAACAAAGGAGAGCCCAACAACUGGAACAACAACGAGGACUGCGUGAUGCUCAUACCUGAGUGGGGCUAUGGCUGGAACGACGACAACUGUCAGGCACAAAGCCGAGCGCUGUGCGAGGACGCGCCUAUUGGCGUAUACAAAGAGCCCUCAUGCGCGGCCGGACAACAGAAAUAUCUUGACUCCUGCUACUUCUUCACCGACGCCGCGGCCAACUACGACACGGGCGCUGCUCAGUGCCGGGCAAAGGGCGGCUACCCGGCCGUUGUCAACACGCAGCAGGAGCAAGAUUUCCUUGCUGGCAUCUUGACGGAGAAAGUUUACAUAGGCCUAACCGACCGAGCCACGGAAUCCGUGUUCGUGUCAGACUUCGGAGUGGCGCUGUACAGACGCUGGGCCUACGGCGAACCGAACAACCAGAACGACGAGGACUGCGUUCAGAUGGUCAGUGGCUGGGGCUCGCCGUGGUACGACGUCAGCUGCUCCACUAUCAUGAGGACCUUGUGCGAGAUCCCCGCUCAGUAGCGCUGCACUCAAUUCGGUUCCUCUCGUGACCACAACGGACACCGAAGAAAGCCAACAAUAAACUCUGACGUAAUGAUCAUCUGGGUAGACAGUACCGCGCAUGUAAAGCACGAAGUAAAUUAUUGAUGCAAAAUA